AUGCCCGCCGAACUUAACGGCCUCCCCGCCGUGAACGGGCUUUCGAAUCCAACACCCGCGCACCCAGCAUUCGAUUCAAUACCGGAUGUCAUACAAGCCUUUGCAAACGACGAAUUCGUCAUCGUCCUCGACUCCCCCUCGCGCGAAAAUGAAGGCGACCUGAUCAUUGCCGCGUCUGCCCUCACGCCGGCAAAGGCCUCAUUCAUGAUCCGCUACAGCUCCGGCUACCUCUGUGCGCCUCUCCCCGUCUCGCGCGCCGCCGCACUGCACCUGCCUCAGAUGGUCUCGGACAAUGCGGAUCCGAAUCAGACUGCAUACGCCGUCUCAGUCGACGCGGCAGACGAAAGUGUAACCACGGGUAUCAGCGCGCACGACAGGAGCCUAACCUGCAGACUGCUCGCGGAUCCCAACUCAAAGGCCACAAGCUUCCGGAGACCAGGCCACGUACUGCCACUGCAGGCGCGCGACGGCGGCGUCCGCGUGCGCAGAGGACACACAGAGGCCGCCGUGGAUCUCUGCAGAUUGGCCGGCAAGCAGCCAGUCGGCGUCAUCUGCGAGCUCAUCACGGAUGGCGAGGUAGUCCAGGGCCGGCCCGAGUUUGAAGGAGGCGGCAUGAUGCGGCGAGACGAGUGUCUGAGCAUUUGGCAAGGAGUGGGGCAUCAAGGUCUGCACCAUUGA